AGUCUCACUUUGUGGUGUUCCUCUUCUCUGGCAGGUGGGUAUUAACUACCAGCCCCCCACAGUGGUGCCUGGAGGAGACCUGGCCAAGGUGCAGCGGGCUGUGUGCAUGCUGAGCAACACCACUGCCAUUGCUGAGGCCUGGGCCCGCCUGGACCAUAAGUUCGACCUCAUGUAUGCCAAGCGGGCCUUUGUGCACUGGUAUGUGGGCGAAGGCAUGGAGGAAGGGGAAUUCUCAGAGGCCCGAGAGGACCUGGCAGCGCUGGAGAAGGAUUAUGAAGAGGUGGGCGUGGAUUCUGUGGAAGCAGAGGCUGAAGAAGGGGAAGAAUACUGACUGGGAGGGUGUGACUGGCAGCAACUCUACCUUUCACCCUCUCUCCUGGGCGCGCACACUGUAACAUUUACAGGAUAUAUUUACCUAUUAAAAUUUGUUUAUUGAGGCAUUA